AUGAAUUUCUUUUUCAAUUGUUGUUCAUGUAAUAAUAGGUUUAAUUUUCAAGAAAGUUAUUGUGAACCAUGUUUACAGAGAAUUAAAAAUGAUCAAAGUAGAGUAUUCGAAUUAAUACAAUCCAUAUUUGACAAAAAGAAAGCCAAUUUAAUUGCAAAAAAUAAAAUACUUGAAUCAAUUUCACAACCAAAAAAUCAAUUACAAGAACAAAUCGAUAUAAAAAAAACUUAUUUAGAGAGUAAGAAAAUUCAAAUUGAAAUUUUAAAAAAUAAAAUACAAACAUUAAAAACGACUGUAAUAAAAGAUAAUGGAUUAAUUGAUGUUAAAAAGAAAUAUUUAAGCACAAGAAGGUCAUCAUUAAAAAAGAAUAAAAUUUCAUUUGAAGCUGUAAAUAAUUCAAAGAGUGGAUUUUCAUCUCUAACUGAUGAAAUUCAAAAGAAAAAAGAUCAAUUAACAGCAGAAAAUACAUCAUUACAAAUUGUAAAACGUUCAAAAAUUGAACAACUAACAAAUUCAAUGACUAGACUUCAACUUAAUCCAACAACUCCUGAUCACUUUUUUUUAUUUAAUAUGGUUUUAAAUGAUCAACAAUUAUUAAAAUUCCCAAAAGAUGUUAUAUUUACAACAUUAGGAUAUAUAAGUAAAAUAGUUGUAUUAAUAUCAGGUAUUUUAGGUAUAACGCUACCUUAUCAUUUAUUAUCAAAAGGGUCAAAAUCAACAAUACAUCAUAAUAUGAAAUCUAAAGAUUAUCCACUAUAUUACCAACAGAAAACAAAAUCAAGAGAAUUUCAAAAGGCAUUACAUUUAUUGGGCGAAAAUAUAAUAUUUCUUAGAUAUUAUCAUGGUAUUCAAACACCAAAAGAAUCGAAUUUAUUAUUUUUAAAGAAUAUUUAUGAAUUAAUUAAAUCAAAUAAUUUAGGAAAGGAUCAACAAUAUUUAGAGGUUGGAUCACCAAUGUCUGGUGAGUAUGAUGAUUGUGCAAAAGAAGAUGAAUGGGAAGUUGUAACAUCAAUUGAUGAAGAUGAUAGUUUCGAGAAAUUUGUCUAUGAUCAAUAG